GGCAUCUGAAGCAAUAAUGAUUUGUUAUACUUUACUGAAUGAUUAGACUUUUAAAAAUCACAACAUCAAGAACAGCUGGUGGAAAACAGUCGAGGCAACAGGUUUAUAAUUGUUUAUAAGCAAGAAACCUGUAUCUUUCCUGUUUGCACAGGGUUGCCAAGUCUUCAGCUCAAAGACCAAAUAUGGAAGGGUCAGAAUUUGAUGCCAACAUCAUGAACCUGCCAAACAACCUACCUUGUUUCAACAGUCACAACUUAAUUAUUUUUUUAUUAUUAUUCUUUUUUAACAUAAUGAUUAAUAUAAUUGAUCUAAUGAAUACCAAAAAUCUAACCAAUACAUUGAAUCAUAUUAUUCAAAAUAACAACUAACUAACUAACUAACUAACUAACGAAAGAAAGAAAGAAAGAAAGAAAGAAACAAACAAACAAACAAACAAACAAACAAAUCAGACGGACCUGGCAACACUGGAAUGUCUUCAAUAGUCUCCUAUCGUUUGUAUUCCCGAAGGCGUUGCUGUUCGCCCUCCAACCUCUACAGGGCAGAGAAGAGCAGCGGCACUGAGGGGUCUCUCCCACGAACAACAACGCGGAAGUUCGUGUAUUUUGACCAUAGUGAAGCAGACAUGACUUCUAAUGGAGGCUCUGUGGACGGUCUUCUGUCUUAUGAAACACUUGUGCACGCUGUAGCCGGCGCGAUGGGCAGUGUGACAGCAAUGACCGUGUUCUUCCCUCUGGACACAGCCAGAAUUCGAUUGCAGGUGGACGAGAGCCGAAAGUCAAACUCCACUCCUGUGAUUCUGGCUGAGAUUGCAAAAGAGGAGGGCGUAAUGUCUCUCUAUCGUGGCUGGUUUCCUGUAAUCUCUAGUCUGUGCUGUUCCAACUUUGUCUACUUCUACACAUUCAAUUCCCUGAAGCGGAUGAUGGUCCUGGAAAAAGGGCAGUCCAGGCCUGGCAGAGAUCUUGUCAUGGGCUUCAUCGCAGGGACUGUGAACGUGCUCCUGACUACACCCAUGUGGGUGGUGAACACUCGGCUGAAGCUACAGGGAGCGAAAUUCCGGAACGAAGACCUCCAGCAGACACACUACAGGGGCAUUUUUGACACUUUCUCUCAGAUCAUAGCUGACGAGGGAAUCGGGGCACUGUGGAACGGCACGCUCCCGUCCCUGCUGCUGGUCUUCAACCCUGCAGUGCAGUUCAUGUUCUAUGAGGCCAUGAAGAGGAGGGCAGGCCAAAAUGGACAGAAGAUUUCAUCCCUUCAGAUCUUCAUCAUCGGAGCCAUCGCCAAGGCUAUCGCAACGACGGCCACUUAUCCACUGCAGACUAUUCAGUCCAUUCUUAGGUUUGGCCAACACAAAUCACAAGAGAAAGGAGGUUUACUGGGCAGCAUACGCAAUCUGGUGAAAUUACUAAUGGACAGAAUCAAGCGCAAUGGAGUGCUCAGCCUGUACAAAGGUCUGGAGGCGAAGCUUCUUCAGACGGUGCUGACAGCAGCUCUCAUGUUCAUGGUUUAUGAGAAGAUCACUUCUGUUACCUUCAAACUGAUGGGCCUCAAUAAGAAGCUGAAGCAUUAACGACAGUUACGCCUUACAACUAACUAGAGUUAGCCUGCUUCCAUUACUACCUUUAAACUACCUUUCUAAACUCUGUAAUGCCAGAUCUUAACCGUCAUCCCUUCACCAGAACAGGGGCUCAAUAAUCAAAGAUCAUCUCAAAUGUCUAUAAUUUUGGAUACCUUUGUCUCAUUCCAUUUACUGUCAGAUUUUAGAAAUUAUCUAAAAAAAAAAAAAAAAACCACCUUUUAGUGUAAUUCUUAAUUCUGUACAGUGAAGACUGUAUGGAUUUAUGAAUUUAAAAUUUUUUUAGAAAUAUAAUUAGUGGCAAUAAAAUUUCCGGACUCUUAGACACCGAGUUAUUUCGCUGCACAAGUAGUUUUUGGCCUAAGAUUUCAUCAGUAAUCGUACACACGGGCCCCAAUAGGUAACCAUGCUAUUAUUUUUCUCUCAUUGCCAUGCAUACUUUUUUUUAAAAAGGAUUAAAACUUUGUCUUUCGGAAUUUUUACUGGAAUCGUCUAGGAAAGUGAUACGUAAUGCUGGCUCCAUAUGCAAUAACAGGAAAUUUGGGAAAUUCUAGUUGGGCAAUUAAUGUCUUACUUUACUUUACCUUACUGUGUUUUAUUCUCUUUAAACAGUCAGAUAUGUAUUUGCAAUAGUUCAACUAUUCUUAAUUUUUUUUUUAGCUGUAUGUGAAAAAAAUAACUGCAUUGAUGAGUCAGAUAGUGAUUCAUGUGUCUGUAUCAUUCAGUUCUUACUCAAAUGUGAGAGGUUACAUCUCCAUCUGUAAGGUGGACAUUUGUUAUUACCUGCACUGAUUGAUGGUUUUUGUGUGUGUGUGUUAUUUACUUUUUUGUGGGCUAGAGAAGAAAACCUGAAAUACUUUCAGCUACACAUUUAGCCUUUUUUUUGUCCAUCAGCACAUUAAUUAGGUAAAGAGUUUAUUAAGAAUUCAAAUUACUGUGCAAAUGUAUGCAAAACUUCACCUAAAAUAAUCCUUGAGGUAAAUUUUAUUCAAGUUAUUUAGUACUUUAUCGGUGGACGUGUACUUUAUGAAUUCCAGUGGUCAGUGUAACAGAAUAAUAACUACCUCUAAUGCUGUAGCUUUGAUUAUUUAUAAACCUCUUACUUAUACAAGGAUUUUAUUUUAUUAUUAAAGAAUCUUAUAAAUAUAUGUGCAAUGAUGACUGAUAUUCGGUAUAGAAUUUAGCUGAAAUCACACUGUUAAUUGACUAUAAUUAUUUGGACUUGUUGCACUUAUUACUUAUACUUCAUACUUAUUAUAUAACAGUCUCACUUUGUUAACACUGUGUCCAGAUGGUGUGCUGGAGUUGGGACAAUGUGGACUUGUUUACACUAUAAAUGAAAAAGUCAUGUAAUUAUUCCCUAUAUGUGCAUUUUUUUUGCUAAUUAAAAAGCUGGUCAUGAUGAAA